GGGCUGGAGCCACCACUGGCAACUUUGAAAAAAACUGUCAGCAUUUAGAACUUUUUCUUUAAGAAAAGGAUGUAUCCAAUCAUCUUCCAAAUCUCAGUAAACUUGAGUAAAAUCACAAUCCUUUCAAAGCUUGUCAUGUUAAAGUUAAAAUAAUUUUUCGGUAAAAUUCUAUGAAUCUUCGGCACUAGCAUUCCUGCGAAAUUUCCCGCUAGGAUGAGCCAGAGCGGCAAUUUUUGCAAGAUGUCUUCAAUCUUCAAGGUUUGCUGAGAGAAUCUGAAACAAAAUGCGGAAAUGUUCUGUUUUGAUUGUCGAGACUCGUUUUGAUUGAAAUUAUGUUCUCAAAAGGAGGAUAGACAACACGAAAUACAAGAAGCAUUGAGCACAUGCCUCUGUUUACUGCAUCUUGCUUCCCACAGAGAACAUGAUCUUAUGACGAUAGAUCUUCUUUUGUUUGCAGUAGCUGGUGAAACAGACGUCCAAAGGAUCUUUGUAAUUUUAAAGAACAAUGGAAAAUGAUAUAGAUAUGGAAAAGGAUAGUUCUAAGAGAAACCAGGUAGGCUGCGCAAAGUGCUCAUGUAGCACAAGAAGAGCAUCAAAGCAAGCAAGUUAUGCAAUGGACCCACCAUUCCUGGAUGAUCUUGUUCAGUGGAAUAAAGAUGUCGUUGAUGAUGAUGACCCUUCAUUUUUCUGGCGAGCUCAUACAAUCAGUGUUCUGCUAUUGAUGAUAUUGGCACUGUGCUAUGUUUCACUUUUUGAAGAAGAGGUCAUUGAUCCUAUUUACAAUGCAAAAAGGGGUUUAUUUGCCUGUAUAGUUGUCUUUUUGGCUUUUGGCAUCACUCAGGCAAGGGAUGGCCCAUUUGUGAGGCCACAUCCAGUGUUUUGGAGGUUCAUACUUUGUUGCAGUGUCAUUUACGAGUUAAUGAUGAUUUUUAUACUGUUCCAGAAUAAUGGUGACGCAAGAAGCUGGAUGUCGUUCUUCGAUCUGUCACUUGGAAAGCCUCUACCAGAGGUUGAUUAUGGAAGCAACUGCGUGUUCUACGAUGCAGAAAACAUAGACCCUUUCCACAAUUUGAAGACAAAAUUUGAUUGGUUUGUACCGGCACAUCUCUUUGGUUGGUGGGCAAAAGCAAUUAUACUUAGAGAUUUUUGGUUUGCAAAUGUCUUAAGCAUCCUUUUUGAAAUUUAUGAAUACUCAUUGGAACAUCAGCUGCCAAAUUUUCAUGAGUGUUGGUGGGACCAUUGGAUAAUGGACGCUGCCCUUUGUAAUGGCGUUGGCAUUUAUCUGGGAAUGAAAACUUGCCAUUUUCUAGAGAUUAAGGAAUACAAUUGGAGAAGCUUAUGGAAAAUUCCAACGUAUACAGGAAAACUUAAGCGGGCUGCGGAGCAGUUUACCCCGCAUCACUGGGACAGCUUCAAAUGGGAAGCAACUGCAUCGCUGAAAAGAUGGCUUGCCAUUAUUGGAAUCACAAUUAUGUUUUCAUUGGCAGAGCUCAACUGCUUCUAUCUGAAGUUCGUUUUGUGGAUAAACCCGGAACACUGGCUCGUUGUUGCCAGACUUGUUCUUAUCGGUUUUGCAGGAACAGUGGGAAUUCGAGAGGUCUAUCAAUACAUGGACGAUUCAAGCUGCAAACGCUUUGGUCAGCAGUCUUGGAUCCUAGCAGCGAUCAUCAUCACUGAAACCCUUAUAUGCUUGAAAUUUGGUUGGGAAACCAUUCAAAUGCCGCCUCCGUCGCACAUUGUUUUGUUCUGGACACUUUUAUUAACCGGAGUGGCCAUUUAUACUAUAUGGCGAUUUCUCCCUUCAUGUAUCAGAAGAACAGAAGACGAACAUUUUGUCAAGCAACAAAAAGUGGAAUGAUUACUCCAACAUUCAAGUUAAAACACCCAUAUGUAAUAAGCCGGGCGAGUUUUAUUUUAAAGGGGAAUAGCAGGUAAAUAUGGCAGGGGAUAGCAAGAUUUGUCUUAGGCCGAAGCUAGCGGGGGACAGGUAAAUUUUCAAUUAUGUUGGCAGCGCUCGGGGCAAAUAAGAAAAGGGGUUAAAUAGGUAGAUUCGAGAUCGUAAAUAGGUAACUCGUGCCAGAGAGGGAAUUAACGCCUAUCUGGGAACAAUCUUAGCUUACAGGGGACUUGAGGAAAUGAAAAGUUCCCUAUUAUAAAUAGGUAACUCGUGGCAGAGAGGGAACUAACGUCUAUCUGGGAACAAUCUUAGCUUAAAGGGGACUUGAGGAAAUGAAAAGUUCCCUAUUAUUUUGAUAGAGGACUCCCCAAUCAGGAAAUUUCUCUCUGGAAUCGUGAACGGCUUUCACCGGGCUUGUUACUCAAGGGUGUCUUAAAGAUUUUCGAGUGGAAAAAUUCAUAAUUCUUCCGUCGUUUGAAAUGGGUUUUUACACGAGAAUUUCGACAUGGCUACAAAAUAUGCCAAAGACUUUGCUAAGAUGGGGGGACAAAAGUGUUUGAUUUAUUUUUAUAUAUCUUGUGUUAGAGAUGCAGCAUCAUACUUUUGAUUAUAAUGAUUAUGAUUGCAAUAUAAAUAAAAUAUUUGUAGUUUCAAUAGUAACGAUAAUUUUUGUUGAUUAUUUUGAGUAAGUGUUGAAUAUCAUCUAGAUAAAGCAUUUUUGAAUGGGCGGUAGAACUAGGCUGUUGCUGGCUGUAACUCUAGAUUUCCCGCCAGCUGUGAUCAUCAGGAAAAUUGCUAAAUAAAUUCCUUUAAACAGCAGUGUGUCAAGUACAAGGUUAGACAGGAAUUUGUAGAACUUCUCUUUUUAUAAGAACCAGUAAAUUGAGGUUCAGGCUGGCUGUUCUAAUUCGAAAAUCUGAGGCUGGAUUGUUCUGACAUUCUUAGGGUGUAAGCAGUGCAAUUGCUAGCUUUUGCGCUUUAGGGAGGUGUUAGGCCUCGUUUGCCAACAAAUUGAGGGGGACAUCUUUAAUUUGACGACAAGUUUGGUUGAUGACUCUUCGUUCUGAGAUAUUGCUCAAAAUUACAUUUUACGGUAGCUCAGCCUCAGCUUGUUCUUAAUUUAUCUUAACUUUUGACUAAUUUUGAGGCUCAUGUUCUUUAAAAUUGUUCUUAUAAGAAAGUGAAGACUGUUAACAGCCCUGUGUUCUCGAUAACCAGUGUUGCUGGUUUUCUGGUGGUAGCAUAAGUUUUUAUACCUUGAGCUUUAACUUUGAAACGGCUGUUGCAGCUCUAUUUAAUUAAAACAUAAACACAGCUAGGGUCGAAAGAGGCCAUGCAAAUAAAAAUUCUUUUUUUGGGUUCGUUUCCAUCAAUAAACUUUUUUUUGUAUUUAGAAUUAGAUUCAUGGUGGCUUCCCUUCCCCAAGCCCCCCUUCAAUUUUGUCGGAUCUUAGAAUUUGUUUGCAUUUUAUGAUAAUUUCAGUAUAUUUGGUCAAUGCAUGUUGAAGGAUGUAAGUUUUGCCUGUAACUAUGUAAAGACUAAAUAUAAUGAUUACCUCCAACAUACUAGUUUAAAAUGCAUAUGAAUUUUAAGACGCAUAUUUCACUCGUAAUUCCUUAUAUGGACCCCUAAUUUCGAAGCACGUAGGUUUUUAGAAUUAAUUUGUAUCAAAAUAAAUUACAUUUUUCGUGUUAUCAAAAGCAAGCUGACUUAUUUUGCAACUUAUUCACUAAUAAUACGUUAAUUGUAAUCUUCAUUUUUACCUUAAUUGAAUCUUUAUGUUC